AAAAAUCAAUAUAAGAAAAUAUAAAUUUUACUACUUGGUAAAAUAUUGCAGAGAAUUUUUUGUGAUAAAUAUUGAAUAAUAAUUUUUUAAAAAAUGAGUGGAAGGCGAGGUGAAGUAAGCGACUCUAAAAAAAUUAAGAGGGUUGAUAAAACACCCCCAGUAAUUAAUUACAGAGAAUAUUUAGACAUGGACACUGAUGAAGAAGAAUUUGGCCGACAAGAGACUCCUGAGCCGGAUGAAGAACUCCCAGCCGAGCCUGAAAAACCUGUUUUUACUGACCAAGAAUUAGGCACACUAGUCCAGUAUGUAAAAAAUUUAACCAUGACAUUUCAUGAAGAAAUAACAUUACCUCAAGAAUCCACAAAGCUAAUCCAUGAAUACUUUUGUAACCCAUCUUACACAAUCUUAACAAUAUUCUACCAAGACUCUCAAUGGAAAGUAACUCUAGACUUUCCAAAGUACCCCCAAAACGGACUAACUUAUUUCUUCCGCUCACCUUGGCAAGUUUACACUCCCGACAAUUUUAUGUCAACAGUAAAAUUUGGUAGUUUUAAUUAUUUUGAGAAUUCAUUAUUAAAAUUCUUCCAAAAUAUUUACGCACCAGUCGCGUUUUCCUAUGACCGCUGGCCUAGAGUAAAAAAAGACGAGAUAUUUUCAAACUUGAAUAAAUUGAUAAGUUACCUGAAUGACUUGACGUAUGAUCCAAUGGGUCUUCCAAUCCUAUACGUCCCUCGCGAAGGGAUCGACUGCAAAAUUUCUUCCUCCUCCAGUAUUAAUUCCUCUAGUCAACAAAUUGACAUCCAAGAAGACUAUAAGUCAGUAGAACUUCUUCUAAUUUCCGAAGAAAAAAACGGAUUGAUAGAGCGGCUAGAAAGAGUGGCUCGGUACUGGAUAAAACAAAUCAGAGAAGUAUUAAGCGGCUCGAAUAUUCCAGCCAGACCAGCCUGCAGGACUAUUAAAGAAGAAAUAAAUUUCUGGAACUACAAAUUCGAAAGUCUCAAGUGUCUUCACAACCAGCUUACAAACAAGUGCAUCACAAACAUCAUCGACACUCUGAAGACUAACAAGUCCGCAAGUAUUGAGGAAUUCCCGGUUUUAAUAACAAAAAUCGAGAAAUCGCUUGUUGAAAUAAUUUCUAAUAUUAAAUAUUUAAAUUUAUUUGUCGAUUAUUGUUGCGACUUUGAGAUUCCAGGUGGAAUAGAAGAUUAUACGACUAAAAUAUUAUAUCUGAUACGAUUCGUUGCUACAGAGUCGCAGUUUUAUAAUACCACAGACAAAAUAGAAAUACUUUGCCGGGCUUUGGGUACACAGAUAAUAAAUCAAUCUAAAAAAUAUAUCGAUCUAAAGAUUAUACUCGAUGAAGAUCCACUGGCUGGCAAGCAAAUGCUUGAAAAUUCUAUUUUUUGUUGCCGGCGAUUUGAAGAAAUUUUUAACCAACUAAAACUAAUGGACAGACAUUGCAAUUCUUUAAUUCUAAGUAACGUUGAUAAAAAUAAUGUCUUUAAUCAUGUCAAUACAUUUAUACAGAGAUGUCAAGAUCUUAUUGAAGUUACAAAUACAAGAAUUAUUUUUGACAAGUGUGGAGAAAUUAAAAUAAUUGGAGGAGCAAAAGCAGAAGAGCAUGAAAAAAAGUAUAAAAAAAUCGAAAAAUUGUUCAGUCAAACUUUGGAAGAAAUAAAAAUCUCUCGAGAGUGUAUUUUAAAUGUGGAAGAAUUUGGUUGGCUGGAAAAAAUUAAGGUCUUUAGGAAUAAAAUAGAGGACAUUGAUAAUAUGAUGAAAAAUUUGAUACACGAUGUAUUUGAGGAGGUUCUCACGGUGGAAGAAGGUCUCGAAGCUUUGUACGCGAUGAAGCGUUUUGUCAUUCGCGAAAAUUUAAAAGAAACUCUUGAUAGUUACUGGACAUUUAUUUGGAAGAUUUUUAAUCAAGAGCUAGAAACGGUCGUUGAUGAUAUUGAUAAGGAAAUUUUGGUUUAUGAUCGGUCGAUGACUUCCUAUGCAGGAGCGGCGACUUUGUUGGCUUUGAAGAAUAAUUAUUUGACUAGUCAGUUUAAUAUGCUAGUUAAUGCUUCUGAUUGGUUUGAUGAUAAUAUUGCGCAAGAAGCAAUUAUUGAAAAAUAUAAACGUGUUCAGAGUACUUUGUUAGAGAAAAUAAGUGAAAUUAAUUUAACAUGGGAACAAAAAUUAUUGAGCGAUGAUGCAAUUAAAGAAAUGCUUAAUAAACCAAUUAUUAAAUAUGCUAAUUAUCCUAAUAAUAAAUUUAUGGAAGUUAAUUUAAAUUUUUAUUGCUUGGAAACUAUUAAGUCUCUUAUUGAAUGGAAAAAUAUGAAAUAUGAAAUAAAAAAAAUAUCACCAAAAUUAUUGCAAAAGUGGAACUUAUUUAUGAUUCGUUACAUAAAAGUAAAUUACUUAUGCAAAUUCUACAACAAUAUUAUCGAAAAAAUGAGUAAAGAAGAAUUUAUGUUAUUUAAAUUAGUAAUUGAUGAAAUAAAAGUUAUUGUAACAACCGGAGUCGCGAAGAAUACAUGGAUAGUAGAGUCUAUCGACAAAUUUUACGAUGAGUGUUACAAUAAUGUUUAUCAAUUCAGAAGAGUUGUGGGAGACUAUAAAUCUUCAUAUAAAAAAAUUUAUAACUACUUGAAGAGUAUUUCAAAAGAACUGUUAGUUAAAGAGACAGUAAAUUUGACUUUUACUUUAGAAGAUUUUGAAAAUUACUUAAUAAGUGUCAAGGAUAAAAGUCUGGAGAAUAUUAAUAACGAGUGCAAGCAAAUCAUAAAAUCAAUUUCUUUGAUCAAAUAUGACAUCAGACGCGAUGACAAAACUCCUAUUUAUUGGACCGCGUUUGUACAAAAAAUAAUAGAAGACUUUAAAGAAAGUUUGGUUGUAAAUAUUCGAAAUUCAUUAAAAUCAGCGAGAAAUUUUUUUGAAGGCGAUGAUAUAAUGAGUUCAGGAAGUUUUUUAGUAAUAGAUGCUCAUUAUUUAAAUGGCCAGAUUGUCUUCCAACCGGAUGUUGAAGAAAUUAAAAGAGUUAUUGAAUUGAUAACUUCAUUGGAUAAGGAAGUAUAUUCGAUUGAAAAUUGUAAUAAAAUAUUUGAUCUAAUUGAUUUGCGAGCUAAAGAUAAGAUAAAUUUAAUAGAAGCUCAUGAAGAAAUAACAGAGCUUAAGAAUAAUCUUAAAGAAGAAACGGAUGCAACUAUUGCUGCGCUGGAUAAAUUUAUUAAGUCACUUGAUAUUAAAUUAUUAGCGCAAGUCGAGGGAAAAUUAAGUGAGUUUAAAAAUGAAGAAAAUUGUGACAAGAAUAGUUUUGAAGAAGAAAUUCUGAGGUAUGUUUUUUUAAUUAUGUAUAUGAAUAAUUAUCUGACUAUAUUAAAUUUAUUUGGCAUUUUUAGAUGCAGAGAGCUUUCUAAAACGAUGUCUUUAAUAGCGGACAAUUUAAAUAUUAAAUUUAUAUCUUUAAACACAGUUAACAUGAAAUCGCAGAUAAUAGAAAAGUGCGAUAAUUUGAAAGACAAUUUUUUUAAAUUUAUUGUUGGCGAAUUAACGUCACAGCGUUAA